AUGGGUCACGGCAGGACACUCGAGUACCCCAAGACAGCUGUGAAUAAGGUGAAUCGGUAUAACGUGCGAGCAACAUAUGACCUCGAACAAAUCCACGGCAUCAUCAACGACAGCACUGUCGUGCAUGUUUCAUUCAACACGCCCGACCCGUCAAACCCGUUCCCUGUGACCCUACCCAUGGUCGGUGUAGUGGCAAGUUUCGAACACCCAUCCUCCUCCCUCGGCGAACCGCUCGACAUCUACCUCCACGGUUACGUGAGCAGUCGACUAAUGAAUCUUUCCCGCAAUGCUGGUACCACCACUUCAGGCACAGACGACUCCGCGCCCACAGGACUCCCCGUGACCGUGUCCGCGACCAAAGUCGACGGCCUCAUCCUGACAUUGACCCCCAACACGCACGACGUAAAUUACCGCUCCGCCACGCUCUUCGGGUACGCGAGCCUUGUGACGGACCUCGCCGAGAAGCUCUGGGCCAUGGAACAAAUCACCAACAGCGUGGUGCGGGAUCGGUGGCGAUUCACGCGCAUCCCGCCCGACGGGGCCGAGAUGCAAAGUACCUCGAUCCUCCGUGUGCGCGUUGCGGGGGGAAGUGGGAAGAUCCGCCUGGGCGGGCCGAGAGAUGAGCAGAAGGAUCUGGUUCGUGAGGAGUUGAGAGACAGUAUUUGGACCGGUGUUAUUCCGGUGUAUGAGCAUUUUGGAGAGCCAGUGCCGGGGAAGGGAAAUAGAGUCAAAGAUGUCCCGAGCCAUGUUGCGGAGUUCGCAAAAGAGAGGAGAGAGGGGAACGAGAGGUAUGCGACGGAGGCGAUUGUGGAUACGUCGCAGGAUUAA